AUGCCGAGUCAAUAUGAAAGUCUACUUGGUUCGGCAUUAAACGACUACAGUCGUCAAUUGUCAAACGUUAUGAAUAGUAGUAGUAUUAAUCAGCAUCAUCAAUCGUAUCAAUACAUUUCACAUCCAUCGCUAAUCACACCAGCCAACACAACCGUCUCAUUUCCAAGUGAACAAAACGCGUUUUUACAAUAUUGUUGUCCGUCUCCAUCUAUUAUCAAUACAACAGCGAUAACAGGCGUAUCACCUUCAUCGAUAAUACACAAUUCUUCUUGUCCUCCUUAUCGUCAACAAUUACUUGAAAAUCGUUUCGUUUCUUCUGGUAAUUUCGAUCAGUUUUACUUAUCGCCGACAACAGCUUCACAAUCAUUUGUACAUAGCAAUAACGCAAUUAAUAAUAAUUGUCAGAUAAAGUCAUCAACAAAUAUUAAUAACGAUAUUCUUGGAGGUGCUAAUUUUAUACAAUAUCAGUCGAAGAAAAAACCAUCUUUAUCAUCAAAUUCAACAUCUUCGUCGAAUUCGUUGUAUUUAAAUCAAAUUGGAACAACGUUAAAUCAAUCUUCUCACUAUUCGCCCACUAUUCUUCAACAUCACUUAUCCUCAUCUUCUUCGCCAAUUCCGUUUCAUUUCUUACCACCACAACCGCCUUUAACGACACCGCCACAAUCAAUGUCCAAUGGUGAAUUGGUGAUUGUUCAAUCAUCACAGCCAAAACAAAGUAAUUCAUCUCCAUCUUCAUCAGACUUCGAAAUAAUGGCAACAAAUCCUA